CUCUAGCGGUGAUUCAAUUUUCUGCCGGUGCAGGUGAUUCCGGUCUCGGACCGGCAAAGGGAAUUCUUGCAAAAUGUCGGUUGCCAUGAACAAAUCCGCUCUUUUCGUCUGCCUUGGUAACAUCUGUCGGUCCACGAUGGCCGAGUCUAUGAUGAAUCACAUGCUGAAGGACCAAGGGGUGGCCGAUGAGUGGACCGUGGACAGCGCCGCGACGUCCACCUACGAGAUCGGCAAUGAGCCGGACGACAGAGGUAUUGAUGUGCUAAAAAAGAAAAGCAUUGAACCAACCAGACAUCACGCAAGACAGAUCACUAAGCAAGACUACGAGAAGUUUCACUACAUAUUUGGAUUUGACGAGGAUAAUCUCAGGGAAUUAAAGCGAAAAAAACCAGCGUCGAGCACCAGUCUAGUACGACUUUUGGGGGAUCUGGAUCCAAAGGGAGAACGCAUCAUACACGAUCCGUAUUAUUUGGAUAAGCAAGCCUUUGAGAAAGUCUUUGCUCAGAACCAGAGGUGUCUGGAGAUAUUUCUGAAGGAAGUGUUGGGGGAAUAGCUGGACAUAGAGUAUUGCCAACUGCAGUGAACUGUUUUAUCAGAGCAGCAGUCAAGUCCAUCACAAGUCAAUCCCAAGUCCUUCAUCUGUCAAAUCAUUGUCAAAUAUGCUCUGUGUUGGGAG